GUCACCUGGAGCCUGGGGCUGCCCCAGCUGUCUCAGGACUUGGCAGACAUUGGAGGUGGCGGUGAAGGAGACAGUGGUGGUCAAUGUUAUUUGAGCAGGGUCAGCAGGCCCUGGAGCUUCCUGAGUGCACGAUGCAGAAAGCUGCUUACUAUGAAAACCCAGGACUAUUUGGAGGCUAUGGCUAUAGCAAAGCCACUGACACUUAUGGCUACAGUGCCUCCCAUCAGCCUUAUCCACCCCCUGCUGCUGCCAACUCUCUGGACACUGAUUACCCAGGUUCUGCCUGCUCCAUCCAGAGCUCUGCACCUCUGCGAGCACCAGCCCACAAGGGAGCUGAACUCAAUGGCAGCUGCAUGCGGCCUGGAACUGGGAGCAGUCAGGGUGGGGGUGGUGGCAGCCAGCCUCCUGGUCUCAACUCAGAGCAGCAGCCACCACAGCCCCCUCCUCCACCACCAACCCUGCCCCCAUCCUCACCCACCAAUCCUGGAGGUGGAGUGUCUGCCAAGAAGGCCAAGGGUGGGCCCAAUGCUUCUGGCUCCUCAGCCACCAUCAGCAAGCAGAUAUUCCCCUGGAUGAAAGAGUCCCGACAGAACUCCAAACAGAAGAACAGCUGUGCCACUGCAGGAGAGAGCUGCGAGGACAAGAGCCCGCCAGGUCCAGCGUCUAAGCGGGUGCGCACCGCGUACACGAGUGCACAGCUGGUGGAGUUGGAGAAGGAAUUCCACUUCAACCGCUACUUGUGCCGGCCACGCCGCGUGGAAAUGGCCAACCUGCUGAAUCUCACCGAGCGCCAGAUCAAGAUCUGGUUCCAGAACCGGCGCAUGAAGUACAAAAAGGACCAGAAGGCCAAGGGCAUCCUGCACUCGCCAGCGGGUCAGUCCCCGGAGCGCAGCCCGCCGCUCGGCGGCGCCGCCGGCCACGUGGCCUACUCAGGCCAGCUGCCGCCCGUGCCAGGCCUGGCCUACGACGCGCCCUCGCCGCCCGCCUUCGCCAAAUCUCAGCCCAACAUGUACGGCCUGGCCGCCUACACGGCGCCGCUCAGUAGCUGCCUGCCCCAGCAGAAGCGCUACGCUGCGCCGGAGUUCGAGCCCCACCCCAUGGCGAGCAACGGCGGCGGCUUCGCCAGCGCCAACCUGCAGGGUAGCCCCGUGUACGUGGGCGGCAACUUCGUCGACUCCAUGGCGCCCGCGUCCGGGCCGGUCUUCAACCUGGGCCACCUUUCGCACCCGUCUUCGGCCAGCGUGGACUACAGCUGCGCCGCGCAGAUUCCCGGCAACCACCACCACGGACCGUGCGACCCUCAUCCCACCUACACAGAUCUUUCGGCCCACCAUUCGUCUCAGGGACGCCUGCCCGAGGCCCCCAAACUGACGCAUCUGUAGCGGCCGCCACCGGCCGGAACUCGUGGCGCAAUUACCUCUUUUGCUUUGGUGGCGGGGUUGGCGGGCGGGGCCCACGGGGCAGCUGGCGAUCCCCUCCCUAGCUCUGGCCCAGUUGCUGCCUCCCGGAUCUCGGGCCGACAGCGGCCGAGGCGCAGGCGACUGGGCCUCCCCUCCAGGCGCGUCCUCCUUUGGGUGACUUGCCAUAAAUCAGCCGCAAGGAUUCUCCUCUGUAAGCCUGACAGUGCCAUGUGCGGACCAAGGGACUCAAAUCUGGUAAUGGUGUCCCGAAGGUAAGUCUGAGAUCCAUCGGCGGCGCGCCCUGCAGAGGGACCGGAGCCGGGAGAGCCCUGGGCCUGGCCUGCCUGUAGCCUAGUUGCCGAGACCUUAAUUUAUAUGCUCCUUCCGGCCCCGUAAGGAUUGCAUCGGACUCAACAAUCUGUAUUUAUUAUUUGAAGCGAGUCAUUUCGUUUCCCUGAUUAUUUAUCCUCGUCUUAAUGUAUUUAUGUGUAUAUUUGUAGAAUUCUCCAGCCGAGCUUAGGAACGCGAUCCCAGGCCGCGGGGGCCACAUUUCACCUCUUUAGUCCCCAUGGUCUAAACUAGUUGAGAGAGUAGUUUUGAACAGUUGUAACCGUGGCUGGUGUUUGUAGUUGAUGUAAAGGAUUAAGACCGCAAAUUGUCCUUCCUGGGUAGAGUCAGGCGGCCCCAUGGCGUGGGCACGACACCCCCGUUACUCAUUUCUCAACAGCCGCAGUCCUCCCACUCGACACAGUUUAUUGACUUCAAAUUGUCUGGUACUAUUUUAACAAAUAUUUAGAAUAAAAAAAUUUCUCUGUC